UUGAACAGAUGUGUUCCAUGGUGCUCACGUAUCCCUGUACAAGAAUGUAGUUAACGGGAAUAAGGGACAAGAAAUGUAAAGAUAGAUCACUUUGCAUGGGAUAGACUCAACAAUACAAUGGUAAUGGCACAUAGAAGUUGUAAUUUCAAAGACAACUGCAAAGGACUGACACGUUAAUCCAAAAUGUACUCUUUUUAGCACAUAUUUUGUACGAUCCGGUUUGUAGGAGUGAAGGAUCCCUUGAAAAGAAAAGUCAACACUGGACUACGAUGAUGUUAGCACGGCUGCUCUUACUAUUUUGUCUGAGUGUGGUGAAACCUGAAUUCCCCGGAGCUCUGGGUGGAUCCCUAACCCUGAGCGCAUCCAAAACUUUUGUGUGGGGUCCUGGACUGGAGCCGAAUGUGGUCUUGCCUGCCCGGUUCUUCUACAUCCAGGCGGUGGACAGCAGGGGGGAAAAUUUGACGGCUUCCCCCGGUGAGAAGACCUUUGAGGUGAACAUCGUGUCUCCUUCUGAACCAUUCACCAGGAUCUGGGUCCAGGUUCUGGAUCGUCAGGAUGGGUCGUUUCUGGUUCGAUACAGAAUGUAUGCCACCUACACAGACCUCCACAUCCACAUUGUGUACAAGGACAAGCCUGUCGCCAAGUCACCAUACAUCCUCAAAGGUCCAGUCUACCAUGAGGCCUGUAACUGUCCCCAGUCAAGUGGAGCUCUGUGGGUAAAAGACAUGCAGUGCCCUGAGUCAUUUGCUCAGAUCGACAAAGACCUGUCUAUGUUUAAGAGUGUGGACCUCGACCUGAUCGCCAAGGAGAUUCCACUGAGGUUUGGACAGAGACAGAGCCUGUGCCACUACACCAUCAAGGACAACAAGGUCUAUGUCAAAACGUUUGGGGAACAUGUUGGAUUUCGGAUUUUUAUGGAUGCAAUUCUUCUGUCACUGACCAGAAAGGUACAACUUCCUGAUAUUGAGUUUUUUGUAAAUCUUGGGGACUGGCCGUUGGAGAAGAGAAAAACCACAGACAAAAUUCAUCCAAUCUUCUCCUGGUGUGGUUCUAACAACACAAGAGAUAUUGUAAUGCCGACAUAUGACCUGACAGAGUCUGUGCUAGAGACCAUGGGGAGAGUGAGCCUGGACAUGCUGUCAGUGCAGGCGAACACCGGCCCCCCAUGGCCUCAGAAAAACUCCACAGCAUUUUGGAGGGGGCGAGACAGUCGUCAGGAGCGAUUGGAGCUGGUCAAACUGUCCAGAGCCCACCCUGCUCUGAUUGACGCUGCCUUCACCAACUUUUUCUUCUUCAAACAUAAUGAAAGCCUCUAUGGACCUCUUGUCAAACAUGUCUCCUUCUUUGACUUUUUCAAGUACAAAUACCAGAUAAACAUUGACGGCACUGUGGCGGCUUAUCGGAUGCCUUACCUGUUGGCUGGGGACAGUGUGGUGCUCAAGCAGGACUCUGGAUACUAUGAGCACUUCUACAGCCAACUGCAGCCCUGGGAGCACUACAUCCCCAUCAGAGCUGACCUGACCGACCUCCUGGAGAAGAUCCAAUGGGCUAAAGACCACGAUGAACAGGCUAGAAGUAUUGCACAAAAAGGGCAGCAGUUCGCCCGAAGUCACCUUAUGGGAGACAUGAUAUUUUGUUACUACUAUAAACUGUUUCAGAAAUAUGCAGCACUUCAGCUCACAGAGCCACAAGUGCGUAUAGGCAUGGAGCUUGUGGAGCAUUCCACUGAUGACCUGUUUCCUUGUAACUGUCAGAGGACUAGAUCAAAAACAGAGGCAAAAGAUGCAAAGCCAAAGGAUGAACUUUGAUGGACUUGAUGCACCAAAAAAAUGUUAAUGUUUUUGCAGACACCAAAAAAAUGUACCAAAAUACACUUAAUUUGUAUGUGAAUUUAUGUAAUUAUGUUGGAUUUUUACAUUAAAAUAUUUUACACCUAUUGC